AUGCUAGCCGCUUUAGAUGCGGCGGAAGGCCAUGUUUACGAAGAAGUAAGACGAGUCGCUAUGCGACUUGAGAGAUUGCAACCGGAUGCAUCGCGAUUCCCGACCACCUCAAGUAACAAGGGAGACCAUGCUAAUGCAACGAAUGGUAGACGUUACAAUGGGAAUACCGUCGGUGGAAUUUCACUUGCCGAUAAAGUUGAAGGUUGGUGCAAGACCGUUCGAAUGAAACCGAACCUUGGUAGUACUCAGCCGCAAGCCAUGGCCAAGGCUUUAGUAGAUACUGGAUCAGUGGUUUCAAUUGUACCGGUAGGACUACUUAAGCAAGCCCGCGACCAAGGGGUUGACCUUGACAAUCAAGCUAGUGUCGUUGGUGAUGGAAAACAACGUAAACUGAUUGAUGCCUCGGAGAUAGUGACUGAAGUUAGCGUACCGGGAGCUAGUACAGCAUGUGUACACAUGCAUGUACAGCAAAGUAAGGAUAAUACUUUACUAUUGGGUACCAAUGCGCUGUUUGAGUUGGGAAUUUCCCUAAAAUUGUCACCAAGAACGGCUAAUCGCGAUUGCCCUGAUGAAGAUGCGAGCCUGGAACAUGGGUCGUUUUCAAAUCUAGCAUGCGCAAAUAAACGGGUAGUGAUCGCACCUGGUACUGUUAGUACAGUACAAAUCAAGAGCUUCAAGCGCCAAGGAGCUUGCGUACUCUGGUCUAGGAACCCAUGUAUCGAAUCUGGUGUAUGUCACAUAACGGAAGGAAAGGCUGAGAUUUCAGUUGUAAACCGAGGUAACGAGUCUUGGGUCAUCAAUAAAGGUGAAAAUAUAGGAGAGUGGUCAGCGGAUACUUGGGUGGACCCCAGGAUAGCUGACAUACCCGGUGACAUGCUAUGUUUGCAUCAGUCCAGUGAACCGGAGGGAGCUGAACGUACGGAUUUGCUGAUCGCUACCUUGGACACCAACAGGAGAGCAGGGCCUAUGCCUCGCGAGGUUCGCGAGGUGGUAGUGGAGUUCAGCGAAGUAUUUGCCAUCUCGGAUACGGAGUUGACUCAAACCACCCUUGUCCAACAUGACAUAGAUAUUGGUGAACAUCCACCCAUAAAACAGAAAACGAGACCGGUUCCAUAUGGCAUACGUGAUAAAGUGCAUACGAUGCUACAGGACCUUAAGGAAAGAAAUGUGAUUGAGGAUAGUCAGUCACCAUGGGCAUCACCCAUAGUCCUUGUGGCCAAGAAAGACGGUACCACAAGGCUAUGUGUGGACUAUAGGGAAGUGAAUAAGACAAAUCGAUUGACAUGUCAUCGAAUGACACCACCGCCAUGUUCAUGGACGCUGAAAAUGCGGAGAACGCGGAAAAUGGUGCAUCGUUGGACAAUUGGGAAGCGUUCGGGGACCAAGUUAUACGCCUGUCAAGCACGAGUGCAGCAGCCGCGCACAGCUCAGUGCCACCUAUAUCAGGUCACGAUAGGAUCCCCUCAUAUGAGCGAUGGGCAACCACAGCACCGGAUAGCUCCAUCCCGCGCAUGGUCGCGUCAGUCAUCGCCGGAAUCUUCCCAAGGCAGGAGCAAUGGUGAGUCAAUGUCACUUACCACUUAUGGUAGUAGGCAUAGGCUUAAUGGGGAAGAUAGAGUAGACAACAUGUUUACUGUCUUUCGAGAGGUUUUCAAAGCCCAGAGCGUGGCUAACGUUCCCAAAUAUAAUGGAAAGAAUUCGCUCACCGAUUUUUUACGGGCACUUGAUGUGAAAUUCCCUUCCACUGUAUGGGGAGAUUCUGAUAGGCGAGAUAUCCUAGUGAAUCACUUAGAGGGCACAGCCUUGUCGCUUGUCAAGGGCCUACCGCUAGCCAUUCGUGAAGGCAGCUUUUUCGAUGUAGUCGAUGCGCUUAAGGCGGCACGGAGAAAUCCCUGCGAACGGUUGAAAAACGAUUCUUACCACAUGCUAGCCGCUUUAGAUGCGGCGGAAGGCCAUGUUUACGAAGAAGUAAGACGAGUCGCUAUGCGACUUGAGAGGUUGCAACCGGAUGCAUCGCGAUUCCCGACCACCUCAAGUAACAAGGGAGGUAUUGAUCGGAAAGCGAUCAAUGCCACUCAUGUGGAUAGUGGUGCGCGCCUAGGCGCUGGAAGCAAGGCCGACAGGCCACCACUGAAAUGCUUCAACUGUGGGGGGAUAGGGCACUCUGCAUACAAGUGUAAGAAACCCAAACGUCCCUUCCAACAACGUGAUCAUGUAGACCAUGCUAAUGCAACGAAUGGUAGACGUUACAAUGGGAAUACCGUCGGUGGAAUUUCACUUGCCGAUAAAGUUGAAGGUUGGUGCAAGACCGUUCGAAUGAAACCGAACCUUGGUAGUACUCAGCCGCAAGCCAUGGGUAAGCCUUGCACAUGUGAUGUCAAGAUUUUUGGUAUUUCAGCCAAGGCUUUGGUAGAUACUGGAUCAGUGGUUUCAAUUGUACCAGUAGGACUACUUAAGCAAGCCCGCGACCAAGGGGUUGACCUUGACAAUCAAGCUAGUGUCGUUGGUGAUGGAAAACAACGUAAACUGAUUGAUGCCUCGGGUAAUCCGAUGUCGUUUUUGUCAGAGAUAGUGACUGAAGUUAGCGUACCGGGAGCUAGUACAGCAUGUGUACACAUGCAUGUACAGCAAAGUAAGGAUAAUACUUUACUAUUGGGUACCAAUGCGCUGUUUGAGUUGGGAAUUUCCCUAAAAUUGUCACCAAGAACGGCUAAUCGCGAUUGCCCUGAUGAAGAUGCGAGCCUGGAACAUGGGUCGUUUUCAAAUCUAGCAUGCGCAAAUAAACGGGUAGUGAUCGCACCUGGUACUGUUAGUACAGUACAAAUCAAGAGCUUCAAGCGCCAAGGAGCUUGCGUACUCUGGUCUAGGAACCCAUGUAUCGAAUCUGGUGUAUGUCACAUAACGGAAGGAAAGGCUGAGAUUUCAGUUGUAAACCGAGGUAACGAGUCUUGGGUCAUCAAUAAAGGUGAAAAUAUAGGAGAGUGGUCAGCGGAUACUUGGGUGGACCCCAGGAUAGCUGACAUACCCGGUGACAUGCUAUGUUUGCAUCAGUCCAGUGAACCGGAGGGAGCUGAACGUACGGAUUUGCUGAUCGCUACCUUGGACACCAACAGGAGAGCAGGGCCUAUGCCUCGCGAGGUUCGCGAGGUGGUAGUGGAGUUCAGCGAAGUAUUUGCCAUCUCGGAUACGGAGUUGACUCAAACCACCCUUGUCCAACAUGACAUAGAUAUUGGUGAACAUCCACCCAUAAAACAGAAAACGAGACCGGUUCCAUAUGGCAUACGUGAUAAAGUGCAUACGAUGCUACAGGACCUUAAGGAAAGAAAUGUGAUUGAGGAUAGUCAGUCACCAUGGGCAUCACCCAUAGUCCUUGUGGCCAAGAAAGACGGUACCACAAGGCUAUGUGUGGACUAUAGGGAAGUGAAUAAGGUGACUAAAAAAGAUAGUUACCCCCUGCCCCCCAUAGAUAUCACACUACAAAAUCUGCAAGGCAAGCGUUGCAGUAUAAAAUCGUCAUCAUCGAAUGUUCGCCACAUCGACUGGAAGUGCCCCGGAGAAAUGUUGAUUAAUGGACAACGUGUCGCGUGUACAGUCAACGUUCCGAUCAGCAAUUUGUUACCAUCGGCUCCAUUAUCGUCAUUUGCAUUCCAGUCGCCUUAUGAGUUAGCCAGAGCAUUUGCUGUUAUUAGCCAAACUCAUGUUCCUGAGCAUUUUCGCUUAGCACGUAUGCUUGAUUCUUCAUAUGAUAUUGUUACACCGACCUCUGUCGGACUUGCAAUUGCCUUCUAUCGUUCACAUUGUAUUCAUAUGACAUUUGCUGCUGUCGAAGAUACAGCAAAAAUCACGCCAGGAUAUCCACCGAGGUCGAAUUCGGACCCAUACAACCUUCCCAGCAUCUACAGUGACGCUGUAAAAUUCGCGGACAUGCAUCCAUGGACGGCAACAAGUUGGAAACUACUACAACCACGCCGAACAUUGGUAAUAUUGCCCGAAGGCUUUCAAGAUGUGCUGGAGUGCUUCGAGUCCUCCCUGAUGUCAGCUAGACUUGCCAGAGAACCAGACGACGUACAGCCGAGAUGGUUCGAAGAAGAAUUUUCGGCAGUCAUCAUAUUUUCACCGGCGCGUUUCGUCGAGGUGUCGCGUUGGAGAAGCGCUUGGUUUUUGAUCAUGCAAGCUGUCGCCAGAGGUGCGGAGCUAAUAGCAUUGGCUGGGCCCAAGGACGACCAGGACUGGGGAAAAGCAGUCGAUCAGCUCAGAGAUAUCAUCGAGGAGACGAUCACGCAAAGGCCGUCGUUGAAGCGACGGAAUUCGUUGUCUACUGCCGCUGAAAUCUGA